CACUGCCAAAUACAACCUUGUGCACGCCCAAAGCAACAUUUUUUCUCCUUCCAUUUUGUUUUCGAAUAAAAAAGUAAAGCGUAGCCAAGCACACACACAAAAGUGAAAAAAAUAUAUUCGUAAGAGUAACAGACGCGAUUUCCGAUUUACAACUUCCGACCAAAACAAAAUUUCCACUCAACAGUGUACAGUGAAUUUUUCAAAAGAAACGAGACACAAAAUUUGCAGAGCACCUUGCCAUUGAAUCGAGUCGAAUUCCAGGACGCCAUGGCUCAGAACAUUAGCCCCGAGCAGAGUGGAGCGGGGGGCGGUGGUAGCAAGCACAGUGAUGACUCGCUGCCGGUGAAAGACAAUCACGCCGUGAGCAAAAGACUGCACAAAGAACUCAUGAAUCUGAUGAUGGCCAACGAAAAAGGCAUCUCAGCAUUCCCGGACGGCGAGAACAUCUUCAAGUGGGUGGGCACUAUUGCAGGGCCAAGGAAUACGGUGUACGCCGGACAGACGUAUCGGUUGUCGCUGGACUUUCCCAACUCCUAUCCAUAUGCGGCACCUGUGGUCAAGUUCCUGACGUCCUGCUUCCAUCCAAACGUGGAUCUGCAGGGCGCCAUUUGUCUGGAUAUCCUAAAGGACAAAUGGUCGGCGUUGUAUGAUGUCCGGACCAUACUGCUGUCCAUCCAAUCACUGCUCGGCGAGCCAAACAAUGAGAGUCCGCUGAAUGCGCAGGCCGCGAUGAUGUGGAACGACCAAAAGGAGUACAAAAAGUAUCUAGACGCCUUCUAUGAGAAACACAAGGAUACUUAGACGAAAGGAAGAGAGAGAGAGAGAGAGAGAGACAUCCAAAUCCAAAUCCAAAUGCAUCCUAUGCUCAUAUUGCGGCGUAUUUAUUUACAUAUAGUGCAAGCAACUCCACCCAACCGCCUCAGAACGAACUCCCAUCUCACUCAUAAUUCGCACAACUCCAACAUAGUUUAUGCUGAUUUAUGGCAACCGUGCAUUUUCUUAUAGACGGAUAUCCUGGUUUUUAUUCUCAAUUUUCCAAACAAUAACAAAUUUAUUAUAUGAUAUAUGAAUGUAUUGGUAAUAUGUAAUUUUAAAACUGUCCGUUCUUUAAGCUUAAGCAUAAAUUUUAGUUAAUUGUUUUUUA